GGACUCCGCUUACUCCGCUACACAGUACACGAGCAGUAUAGUUUCGUACGGACGUUCGUGGUAAUAUUCCGGGCGCCCUUAACCGCGUUCGCGCCGUCGUGCGAGAAAGGGGCAGAAACCGCGGAAAGCGGGAAAGAGAGACGAAGCUAAAAGGCCCAGCCAGGCGGCCGGCGAGAGACGAUCACGAGAUUCACAACGAUCCUCCGCACGGUUUCGCGGCGUGGCCUCUGCCAAUCGUGGCCGACGGCGGCCGGUCCCGCCGGUGGAGCUCGCUUCGCGCGCGUGAAGUUGCCUGCGGACGGGCGAGGGGAGCCACAGUGCUGAGUGCCACACGCGAGCGACAGCGACGUGAGUGAGGGAGUCGCGGACGCGGACGGCGAUCGGAGUUCGGAGUCGAAGUAGUAGGAGUUCGGAGUGAUCGGACGACGGCGACGCACACACGCGCACGGUCGGUCGGCCGGACGAUCGUUGGUCGACGGUGGACGGUGGACGAGGGUGGACGACGGUGCGUAACGGCGGGCCAGAAACGAGGGCGGCCUACGAGCGAUAAUCUCCCUGCGUGUCUGAUGAGCUCCUCCGCCGCGCCGCUGCUGCUGCUGCUGCUGCUGGUGGUAAGAUGGCUGUGCAGCUGGACGGAGGAGGGAAGGAGGACCUGAAAACACAAUUCGUCACGCGGGAGGGCACCUACAAGCUGAUGACCCUGUCGGAGUACUCGAGACCGAACCGAGUCGGCUACACCAACAGCCAGGGCAGCGCGUCCGUCAGGGUGUCCUUCGUCACGCUGCCGGACCCAGCGGACCCCACGGGCGCGCAGGGCCUCGGCGACCGAAUGUGCUUUAAUUUCGGCAAGGAGCUCUACGUCUACGUCUACCGCGGUGUCAAGAAGGCUGUAGACUUGAACAAACCGGUGGACAAAAAGUUAUACAAGGGAACUAAUCCGACCUGCCACAAUUUUAAUCAAACAACAGCGACGGCCGAUAGCGCUCCAUUGCUGGUGGGAUUCUCCACGGGGCAGAUACAGCUGAUCGAUCCCAUAAAGAAGGACAGUUCUCAGCUCAGCAAAUUGUACAAUGAAGACAGACUGAUAGACAAGAGCAAGGUGACAUGUAUAAAGUGGGUUCCCGGCUCGAACAACCUAUUUCUGGUCUCUCAUAGCUCCGGUCAGCUGUACCUCUAUAAUGAAGAACUGCUCUGCGGCACCACCGCGCCGCACUAUCAAUCGUUCAAAUCGGGUGACGGAUACGCCAUAUAUACCUGCAAAACCAAAUCUACGAGAAACCCGCUGUAUCGGUGGGUGAUAGGCGCGGAAGGAUGUUGUAUAAAUGAAUUCGCCUUUAGUCCGUGCGGCACGAACUUAGCCGUGGUAUCACAGGAUGGAUUCCUGCGUGUUUUUCAAUACAAUACUAUGGAACUGGUCGGCUCGGCAAGGAGCUACUUCGGCGGUUUUCUGUGCGUGUGCUGGUCGCCGGACGGACGUUACGUGGUGGUAGGGGGCGAGGACGAUCUGGUGACUAUCUGGAGCUUCCACGAGAAGCGGGUCGUGGCACGGGGGCAAGGCCACCAUAGUUGGGUGAGCGUGGUUGCCUUUGAUCCGUACACGACGUCCUACGGUGACCACGAUCCCGACUUUAGCGGUUCGGAUGACGAGACGAUGCCGCAUAACAAUCACAAUCACUUCCACGAGAAGUCGCAUCGCUUGUCGACGACCUCGCAGAGCGGCGGGGUCCACUCGAAUCGUAAUUCCUGUGGCUCCGAAUUGAGAAUGUCGGGCGGCACGUGCUAUAGGUUAGGCAGUGUAUCGCAGGACACCCAACUGUGCCUAUGGGACAUCACGGAGGAUGUGCUGAGGCAACCGGUGUGCGCCAAACAGAGACCCUCUGCGACGUGCAGCACCAGCGGCGGUACUUUGUCGUCCUCGGGCACGUUCAAUAGUGGCAAUGGGGCAGCGACAACGGCGAAUCACCAUUCGAACUCGAAUGCUAAACAUAAUAACUCAAAUAAUGUAAACUUCAAGGAGAACGCGAGUGGUAAUAACGAGACUAGUAACAAUAGCACUGGCACGAACGCCGCGGUGGCGACUGUGAAUUCGCUGACGCAGAGGCUAGCGGGACUUGGCUUCGGCGAGCGUAAGGGUGAUAAUCACAAGAGAAACUUUAGCCUGACGAUGCGAGGUAGCGGGACCGGUGCAACGGCGACGACGGCCAAUAACAGCGUGACGACGGUCGUGCAGAACAAUGGUGGCGACAAGGCGAGCACCGGCAACUCGACGAGUACGACGAGUAGUAGUCUGAACAACAGUGUCAGUGGGGGUUUAGUAGGUGGGACGGGAAGUAAAAAGGUUAGUUCCGUGAUGGACGAUCCUAUGAGGUUGAUAGGGACCGCCUGGUGUCCCAGGUUCGACGAGUGCCCGGUCCUCGAGCCGCUGGUGUGCAAGAAGCUGGCGCACGAGAGACUGACUGAAUUAGUGUUUAGGGAAGAUUGCUUCGUAACGGCGUGUCAGGAUGGAUACGUGUACACGUGGGCGAGGCCCGGCCACAUGGUAGGUCCUCUCACGAUAAGCAGCACCCUGCACAGGCCAUCACACCAUCAUAGCAACAACCCCUACACUAGUAAUAUCAAUUCCAUGCGAUGUAACGACCUCUGAUGUAACCCGUUAUCUCCAAAUCGUUAUUUAGCGAGUCCAUCGUCUAGAGUCUGUUGGUCGGAAGAUCCGAGAAUUCUGUACAUAUAUACGUAGAGUUAGAAUCCAAAAAACGAUGUUAUCGUGACAAAAGUGACACGGGAAAAAUCUUGUAAUGCUUUUGUGUAGUCUUCCUAUCGCCUGCCGCGGUGACAGGAGGAGGUCAAUGAAGACAAAUGAUUGUUCUGGCUUGGAAGUAUUAAAACGAGAUACAUUGACGAAUUCGGUAUUACCUUGCCGGGUGUUUGAUACGACGAUCUCGCGUCGCUGUUAUUUAAGUUUUAUAUAUUACAAUCAGUAUAUUUAAUCUUAGAGAGUCCCUAUUCAACAAUUAAGUCUACGACCUUACGGUUGUAUAAUUGCGUUUGAAUUCUAUUAGUAUUGGGAGGUGCCAUCGUAGAGAAAGAGCAUUGAGGAUUUUUUUUUAGUAUUUUUCUCUAAGUUUAUAUAUUGUGUAUACAAUUACAGAAGUACAUGGACGGACGAUACUAUGAGUGAACAAGUUUUGUAGUUUAUAAUUAUAUACGUAUUAUCGGGCCCUCAAUCUUGAAUUUUACAGGGCACCUUUUUUUAAUACGUUAAAUAUUUUUCGAUCCUUCUGCGUAUAAUGAUGAACACCUUUCGGAUAAUCUUGCCUUAGGACAUUCCAUUAGAUCGGAUAAAUUCGCGACAUUUUCGAAUACAAAUCUAUUGCCCGAAUUGCAUGAAAAUAGACAUCUCAAAUUAAGUAGUGUAGAGCGCGCACAUUAUGAUGUUUUUUUCAGAUGCAUUAAUAUAGUUUUUUCAUUAAUAUUAUGUUUUUGCGAGAAACUGAUGAGCUUUAACUUACUUUCUAUUUAGAACCUUAUUUAUUCUGUUAUCAAUUCUAUAAUACCUCGUUAGUGCAUGCGCUGCAAAUAAAAAAAAAGACAAUAGAUGCUUAAAGUUCAUUCAUAGUAUAGGCUGUCGUUGAUAUCUGUGCCUAAUGAUGGUCUGGUCAAGAUAUAUUCUCGCGAUGAAUAUUACAGAAUUACGCGAACUAUAGGAUAGCGAUCGAAUACCUUUAUCAAAUAUAUUUAUGUUUUUGGUUUGCAUCCUCGAGAGCAAUGUUGUUUGAGCCCUAUGAGGCCUCGUGACAGGGCAGGCCCCUUUAUUGAAGGAAACCUUCUUUCUAUCUUCUGUAAAGUGUUAUUUAGCUUUAGCCGACCAUUGAUAGAGAGUCAACGAGAAAAUUAUUUAGCCAAACUGUCGUCUCUCCAGACUUUACGAUUACGAGAUGCGAGAACAUUUAAUCUUUUGUUGAAAAAACGAUGAAUUUUGCCUUGUUGUACAAUAAAGCAAAAAUUUGAAUGAA